UCCGCACUAGCGAGUAUAUUUGUCGUGUUUACUCGAGCGAGUACAUCUUCCUUUCAGCUUCCUCAGUAUCCAUAAAUAUAUUGACAGCUAGGUUCACCGGGAAACACACACAUUUAUAUAUACCACACAAUACAGCAGUUCCGAAAGCCCUCACGACGACUGAUAUUUCUCUAUCUAAAAGUCUCUGUUUUUGUUCAUUUGUAACUUCUAGGGUUCGUUGACUACCCUUAUUCAAUGGAGGUCGAAACCCAAACACUUUCGAACUUCGACCUCAAGUCCAAACCACUGUUUUCUUACUCAGUUAACGACGCUACGGACCCAUCGGAGCUCCAUUCUCUGGAUUUCCGGAGCUCCGAAAUGCAAGAAUCGCUGGCAUCUGACGCACUAACUAGUGACGGCUUCGAAUCUCUGGUGGCGUUGAACUCCCUCUCGGAAUCUCCGGCUACCGGCGGUCAGGGACGCCACACCUCCAAAAUUGCUCUGGUUUCGGAUAUAAACGCCGGAUUGUCGGCGGAUGAAGAGCAGGAAUGCGAGAGCUCUGUGCCGGACGUUGCUCUGAGUCCCACCGGUAAACCGGCGAGUUCGAAGUCCACCGCUGCGAUGAAGGUGCAGAAGGUUUACCGAAGUUACCGGACCCGGCGCAUGUUAGCAGACUCCGCUGUAGUAGCAGAGGAGCUCUGGUGGCAAGCAAUCGACUAUGCUCGGUUGAAUCACAGUACAAUCUCCUUCUUCAAUUUCUUGAAACCAGAGACUGCUAUUUCGCGGUGGAAUCGAAUCAGCUUGAAUGCUUCUAAGGUGGGAAAGGGAUUGUCAAAAGACGCCAAAGCACAAAAAUUGGCUUUUCAGCAUUGGAUUGAAGCUAUUGAUCCAAGGCAUCGUUAUGGCCAUAGCUUGCAUUUGUAUUACGAGGAAUGGUGUAAAGAUGAUGCUGGCCAGCCAUUCUUUUACUGGUUGGAUAUUGGAGAUGGCAAAGAGGUUGAACUCAAACAAUGCCCGAGGUCAAAGCUGCGCCAACAAUGUAUCAAAUACCUUGGACCCCAAGAGAGAGAUCACUACGAAUAUAUUGUUGUUGAAGGGAAAAUAAUACACAAACAAUCAAAAGGGUUUCUAGAUACGAACAAGGGAUUUCAAAGGACAAAAUGGAUAUUUGUAAUGAGCACCUCAAAAAAACUCUAUGCCGGUGAGAAAAGUAAAGGAAUGUUUCACCAUUCGAGUUUCCUUGCGGGAGGGGCCACUUUAGCUGCUGGAAGGCUUGUGGCAGAGGAUGGAACACUUAAGUCCAUCUCUGCUUACAGUGGACAUUAUCGACCAACCGAUGACAGCCUUGAUAGCUUUUUAUCAUUUCUCAAGGAAAAUGGAGUCAAUCUUGACGAAAUUGAGAUACGCAAAUCAAAUGAGGAUUAUGAGAACUAUGAAGAGAGCAAGUCGACCAAAUAUAUACCUGAACCUUCAACAAAUUCAGAAUCUCUCCAACCUGAUACUCUCGAGGAAGUGAAAAAGGACUUGUCUUCAGAAUCAACUGAAGUCACCCAAAGCGAAACAAAAAGCAACUACAAGAGGACUCUAUCUGGAGGUCUUCAGAGCCCAAGAGCAGAGGUGCCUAAGAAAGCAAUAUUGCAAAGAAUCAAUUCCAAAAAGACUAGGUCAUACCAGUUAGGAAACCAGCUUUCGCUAAAAUGGUCAACAGGUGCUGGCCCAAGGAUUGGUUGUGUUGCUGACUACCCUGUAGAACUGAGAGUACAGGCCCUGGAAUUCGUUAACCUCUCCCCAAGAUCUCCACCAACACCACACAGGAGGAUGGCUGGUCUUGCAUCGCCUACUACAGUCCAACCUGCAUCGCCUACUACAGUCCAACCUGCAUCGCCUACUACAGUCCAACCUGCAUCACCUACAGUCCAUCCUGCAUCCAAUCUACAUCACGGUAAUCCAACUUCAGGUGUCUAACUCUGCAUAGACUGCCUUCUAUUUCUCAGCUUCCUACCUUGAUACUUAUAAGAAAUGUAAAUUUUUAUGUUCUGUAUGUUGAUUCAGUCCUUGUGAACUAUAUAAAGCCUUAUCUUAAUUUGCAUCUGAUUUCUUCA